AUGAGGGUAAAACUUUCUUCUUCGGUUGCUCCACCUGUGUCCUCUAUUCCUCAAGUAUUUCAGACUGUGGAAGGCUACAGAGUUCCUGUCUUCUUUUCGCGUUACCCUGUUGGAAUCAGUAAUGCACCCCGGGAAGUUGAAGAGGCUCUCAGAAGCAUUGACGAGGAAGCUUCUGAGGAAGGCUCAAGGGAAAGGCGUCGAGCACUGAUCAGACACACCAACCCAUAUGGAGAUCCAUUUACCAUUUGCCACUGCUCAGCCUUUCCGGAAAGGCUGAUUCUGCUGGCUUGUUUGAUUGAGGUGAUGUGGAUACAUGAUGACGUGACGGAGGAGAUGGAUCACAGCGCCGCAUGCAGAGAGCAUGAUGAAUUGGCUAAAGUCCUCCGACUUGACAUUGAUCCAUCAAGCGUCGGGUCAGAAAAUUUGCGACAAAAAGCGCUGGCAGUUGUGCUUCGAAAAGCAAUUGAUAUAGAUCCCGAGCAGGCUCCUGCUAUGAUCGAAAUGUUGAAAAUCUAUUUGGCUACGUUUGACAACAUCGGUGGUGACUUCACCCGAAUGGAGGAGUACAUGCCACACCGUAUCUCUAAUUGCGGUUACUGGAUGUCCUCGUACUUCAUCCGUUGGGGGAUGGGUAUGGCCCUCAGUGACAAGGACUACGCGAGUAUAGAACAAUAUGAUAUUGCAAUGGGAAAUGUUCUCGGUCUGACUAAUGAUUACUUUAGUUGGAAUGUCGAAAAGGAUCAGGAGACAGACCGGAUGAGAAAUGGAGUGAUGGUUCUGAUGAAGGAGCAUAAUAUCACUGCAGAUGCGGCAAAGACGAUGCUUCUUGGGAUCAUCUUUGAAUUCGAGUCUAGGGCCGCAAAGCUAAAAGAAGAAAGGUUGAAGAGACCGGCUUCGAAGAAGAUCCUGCAAUAUUUCGAGGCUAUUGAACUUUAUGUUGGUGGAAGCUGCUACUGGCACUCAACCGCGCAUCGGUAUCAAGUCUUUGAGUGGACGUAG